AAAUAGUGGCCCGGCAGUGUCAACCACCGGGCUCAAGAGUGAGAGUACCACCGCCACCUCAACCAUGGGCGGGAAGAAUAAGCAGCGGACCAAGGGCAACCUGAGGCCUUCAAACAGCGGCCGAGCUGCAGAACUCUUGGCCAAAGAACAGGGAACUGUGCCUGGAUUUAUUGGUUUUGGAACGUCUCACAGUGACCUGGGCUAUGUUCCUGCUAUUCAAGGAGCUGAAGAAAUAGACAAUCUCGUAGAUUCUGAUUUCAGAAUGGUGCUGCGGAAACUUUCUAAGAAAGAUGUUACAACAAAAUUAAAGGCAAUGCAGGAAUUUGGAACCAUGUGUUCAGAUAGAGACACAGAAAUUGUGAAAGGAGUCCUUCCCUAUUGGCCAAGAAUUUUCUGCAAAAUUUCACUUGAUCAUGACCGCCGUGUUCGAGAAGCCACACAGCAAGCUUUUGAAAAACUUAUCCUUAAAGUAAAGAAGCACUUGGCUCCCUAUUUAAAAAGCUUAAUGGGCUAUUGGCUCAUGGCUCAGUGUGAUACAUAUGCGCCAGCGGCACUUGCGGCAAAAGAAGCCUUUGAAGCUGCUUUUCCUCCCAGCAAACAACCCGAAGCCAUAGCAUUUUGUAAAGAUGAAAUUGCAACUGUCCUGCAGGAUCAUCUUCUAAAAGAAACACCUGAUACACUCAGUGACCCACAAACUGUUCCAGAAGAAGAACGGGAAGCUAAAUUCUACCGAGUUGUAACUUGUUCUUUAUUGGCAUUGAAGAAAUUGCUUUGCCUCAUACCUGAUAAUGAGCUUGAUUCUCUGGAGGAGCGAUUUAAAUCUCUGUUGUCACAGAAUAAGUUUUGGAAGUAUGGAAAACACAAUAUACCUCAGAUUCGAUCAGCGUAUUUUGAGUUAGUUUCUGCUUUGUGCCAGCGCAUCCCAAAGUUGAUGAAUGAGGAAGCUUCUAAAGUGAGCCCAUCUGUUCUCCUUAGCAUUGAUGACAGUGACCCCAUUGUCUGCCCAGCUCUCUGGGAAGCUGUUCUCUACACACUUACAACUAUUGAGGACUGUUGGCUUCAUGUAAAUGCAAAAAAAAGUGUUUUUCCCAAACUCUCAAUUGUGGUUCGUGAAGGUGGUCGAGGCCUAGCUACUGUCAUAUAUCCUUACCUUUUGCCAUUUAUCAGCAAACUCCCUCAGUCCAUCACAGAUCCAAAGCUGGAUUUCUUUAAAAAUUUCCUCACCUCUCUAGUUGCAGGGCUGUCAACAGAGAGAAUGAAAACAAGCUGUUCAGAAUGCUCAGCAGUAAUAACUGCUUUUUUUGAAUGCUUACGUUUUAUAAUGCAACAAAACUUAGGUGAGGAAGAGAUGGAAAAGAUGCUCGUCAAUGACCAGUUGAUUCCUUUUAUUGAUAAAGUUCUCAAAGACCCAGGAUUGCAACAUGAGCCACUAUAUAACCAUCUAGCUGAAAUGUUAACUUCCUGGGAAGCUAAAGCAGACAUGGAGAAAGAUGGUAAAACGUCUUACAACCUGGAGAAUGUACUCCUGAAUUUCUGGGAAAGACUGUCAGAGAUCUGUGUCAAGAAAGUCAAUGAGCCAGAAGCGGAUGUUAAUAGCAUUUUGAGUGUAUCUAACCUCUUGCAGGUUCUUCAGAAGCCAAAGAGCUCACUGAAAUCGAAUAAGAAAAAAAAUGGUAAGGUUAGAUUUGCCGAUGAGAUUGCUGAAGUUAUUCAGGAGAAUGAAAAAUGUACAUCUUCCGAAGGAGAGAACCGUGAAGGUUCUGAGUUAGUGACUGACUCUUGUCUUACUUAUAAUUCUUCAGACAUCUUGUCUCCUUUAAGGACGAAACCUUUGGAAGACUUGGUCUGUAAACUUGCAGAACUGAGUAUUAAUUACGUAAAUGAACACAAGUCAGAACAACAUCUACAGUUCCUUUCUACUCUACUUGACUCCUUCUCUUCAAGCCACCUUUUUAAAGUGCUCCUUGGUGAUGACAACGGGAAUAUUACCAAAGCCAAACCCUAUGAAAUAACCAAACUUGCACAAAAGAAUCCUGCAGUGCAGUUUCUGUACCGUAAGGUAAUAGGUUGGCUUAGUGAAGGUCCAAGGAAGGAUGUCAGUUACCUGGUGGACAUUUUGUAUAGUGCCCUCCGUUGCUGUGACAGUGAUAUGGAAAGAAAGGUGGUCUUGGAUGAUAUAACCAAGGAGGACCUGGAAUGGAAUUCUCUACUUCAGGUUAUUGAAAAGGCAUGCUCUAGUUCACAUAAACAUGCUUUAGUAAUUCCUUGGUUAAAAGGCAAUAUCCUUGGAGAGAAAUUGGCUACCUUGGCAGAUUGUCUUUGUAACAAGGAUGUGGUAUCUACAGCAUCAUCUGAAUCUUACUUCUCAAUUCAGUGGACUCUUCUAAGCCUGGUAUUAUCUCAACGUGUUAAAAAUGAUUACUUGAUUGGAGAAGUAUAUAUUGAAAGAAUUAUUGUUAAACUUCAUGAAACUUUAUCCAAAACAAAGGAGUUGUCAGAAGCUGAAAAUAAUGACUCAGCAGUAUCUUUUAUCUGUGAUGUGGCCUAUAACUAUUUCAGUUCAGCAAAAGGAUGCUUGCUAAUACCAUCAUCUGAAGAUUUAUUAUUAACUCUCUUUCAGUUAUGUGCUGAGAACAAAGAGAAAACACACUUGCCAGAUUUUCUAGUCUGUAAACUGAAAUGUACGUGGCUCACUGGUGUAGAUGUGUUGGUCCAUCAUAUUGGCAGUACGUAUAAACAGAGUACCUUUCUAUGUUUGUCUGCUCUGUGGCUGAAGAACCAAGUUCAGUCUUCAUCUGUGGAUAAUACAAGCCUACAGGCCCUUUUGUCUGCUGUUGAUGAUUUGUUACAUAUACUUGUAGAGAGUGAAGAUAUUUACCUUCUGGAAUUCUAUAUUGGAAACGUAAUGCCAAACAACAGUGAGUGGGAAAGUAUGAGACAGUCUCUUCCUAUUCAGUGGUUAUACAGACCUCUUUUAGAGGGAAGAUUGAGUAUAAAUUAUGAAUGUUUCAAAACAGAUAUUAAGGAACAAGAUAUAAAGACACUUCCCAGUCAUUUGUGUACUUCAGCAUUAUUGAGCAAAAUGAUCUUAGUUGCACUGAAAAAGAAAAUGGUCCUAGAAAAUAAUGUGCUUGAGAAAAUAACUGCAGAACUGCUCUAUUCACUGCAGUGGUGUGAAGAACUAGACAAUCCACCUGUUGUUCUAAAUGGGUUUUGUGAAAUGCUUCAAAAAAUGAAUAUUACCUAUGAUAACUUAUGUGUACUUGGCAAUACUUCUGACCUUUUUCAGCUGUUAUUUAACAGAUCCAGGGAAAAUGGCACACUUUGGUCUCUCAUUAUUGCUAAAUUAAUCCUUUCCCAAAGUGUUUCAACUGAUGAAAUAAAGCCACAUUAUAAAAGAAAAGAAAGUUUUUUUCCACUAACAGAAGGUAAUUUGCAUACCAUUCAAAAUCUCUGUCCAUUUUUAUCAAAAGAAGAAAAGAAAGAAUUCAGUGCUCAGUGUAUACCUGCUCUUUUGGGCUGGACUAAGGAAGACCUUUGCCGAACUGAUGGAGGUUUUGGACAUCUAGCCAUUUUCAAUUCUUGUCUGCAAACUCGAAGCAUAGAUGAUGGAGAGCUAUUGCAUGGUAUAUUAAAGAUUAUAAUAUCCUGGAAGAAAGAACAUGAAGAUAUUUUUCUUUUUAGUUGUAAUCUAUCAGAAGCAAGUCCAGAAGUACUGGGUAUAAACAUAGAAAUAAUCCGGUUCCUUUCCCAGUUUCUGAAAUACUGCUCAUAUCCUUUAGCAGAGAGUGAAUGGGACUUCAUCAUGUGUUCCAUGUUGGCUUGGCUGGAGACAACAAAUGAAAAUCAAGCAUUGUAUUCUAUUCCACUCGUCCAAUUGUUUGCCUGUGUCAGCUGUGAUUUGGCCUGUGAUCUCAGUGCUUUUUUUGAUUCAGCAACUGAGGAUACUGUUGGCAAUCUUCCUGUAAAUCUACUCAGUGAAUGGAAAGAAUUUUUUUCCCAAGGCAUCCACAGUUUGCUUUUACCUCUUUUGGUCACUGUUACAGGAGAAAAUAAAGAUAUGUCUGAAACAUCCUUUCAGAAUGCAAUGCUGAAGCCCAUGUGUGAAACAUUAACAUAUAUCUCAAAGGAUCAGCUUUUGAGUCACAAACUGCCUUCAAGAUUGGUUGCUGGCCAAAAAACGGACUUGCCAGUGUAUCUCCAGACUUUGUUGAAUACGUUGGUCCCAUUACUCCUCUUCAGAGCAAGACCUGUGCAAAUUGCUGCUUAUCAUAUGCUCUACAAGUUGAUGCCUGAGUUACCACAAUAUGAUCAGGAUAAUCUGAAGUCAUAUGGAGAUGAAGAAGAAGAACCAGCCUUAUCACCACCGGUGGCGCUGAUGUCUCUUCUUAGAACGCUAGAAGAUUUGUUAGAAAAUGUCUUGGGAUGUAUUCCUGUUGGACAGAUAAUUACUAUUAAGCCACUGAGUGAAGACUUCUGUUAUGUCCUGGGAUAUCUCCUCACUUGGAAAUUAAUACUUACUUUCUUCAAAGCUGCUUCAUCGCAGCUUCGAGCUCUGUAUUCCAUGUACCUUCGGAAAACAAAGAGUUUGAAUAAAUUACUCUACCACCUGUUCAGACUGAUGCCAGAAAAUCCAACCUAUGGGGAGACAGCUAUUGAGGUCUCUAGUAAGGACCCUAAAACAUUCUUCACUGAAGAGCUCCAGCUGAGUAUUAGAGAAACAUCAACUCUUUCCUACCAGAUUCCACACUUGGCUUGCUCAGUCUAUCACAUGACACUGAAGGACCUUCCUGCCAUGGUGAGGUUGUGGUGGAAUAGCAGUGAGAAGCGUGUUUUCAACAUUGUAGACAGAUUCACAAGCAAGUAUGUCAGCAGUGUUCUUUCUUUCCAAGAAAUAUCUUCCGUGCAAACAAGUACGCAGCUGUUUAAUGGCAUGACGGUUAAAGCUCGAGCUACUACUCGAGAAGUUAUGGCUACUUACUCAAUUGAAGACAUUGUCAUUGAGCUUAUAAUACAGCUGCCUUCAAAUUAUCCACUGGGUUCAAUAACAGUGGAAAGUGGGAAAAGAAUAGGGGUGGCUGUUCAGCAGUGGCGGAACUGGAUGUUGCAGUUAAGCACUUACCUCACUCAUCAGAAUGGAAGUAUUAUGGAAGGCUUAGCAUUAUGGAAAAAUAAUGUAGACAAACGUUUUGAGGGAGUUGAAGAUUGCAUGAUUUGCUUCUCAGUCAUUCACGGUUUCAACUAUUCUCUUCCCAAAAAAGCCUGUAGAACAUGCAAGAAAAAAUUCCAUUCUGCCUGCCUAUACAAAUGGUUUACAUCUAGCAACAAAUCCACUUGUCCAUUAUGUCGUGAGACCUUUUUCUGAGAUUUUUUACAUUGGAAGUGACCCCUGAAAUAAAUCAGGUGAAGGCAUUGGAUUUGGA